AUGGCACCAGGUGCUAUCUUCGAGGAGCCCAACGUGGCUGAGAACUUCAACGACCACCGCGAUGGCCUUGCUCUCGAGGCCACAUCUGACAUGAUCGACGACGUCAAUGUCCUCAAGGCCGCCAUGAAGGUUAAGCAGGGCACUGCUACACAGGAGGAAAAGGACAUCUACGCACAAUCCCAGUUCGAUACAGAAAAGGACAAGACACAGUUCCGCCAGUACGAAGAAGCGUGUGAUCGUGUCAAGAACUUCUACCGCGAGCAGCACGAGAAGCAGACCGUUGCUUACAACCUGCGCGCUCGCAACCAUUUCCACGGCAAGACCCGCGCCGAGAUGACCAUUUGGGAAGCCAUGGAGAAGCUCAACACACUCAUCGACGAGUCCGACCCCGACACAUCCCUCUCCCAGAUCGAUCACCUUCUUCAGUCCGCCGAAGCCAUCCGCCGUGAUGGCAAGCCACGCUGGUUCCAGCUCGUGGGCCUUAUCCAUGAUCUCGGCAAGCUCCUCUUCUUCUAUGACGCUCAGGGUCAGUGGGACGUCGUCGGCGACACAUUCCCUGUCGGCUGCGCUUUUGACAAGCGCAUCAUCUACCCUGACACAUUUAAGAACAACCCCGACUUCAACGACGAGAUUUACAGCACUGAGCACGGCAUUUACCUGCCUGGGUGUGGUCUCGACAACGUUAUGUUGUCAUGGGGUCACGACGAAUACCUUUACCACAUCAUGAAGGACCAGUCUACCAUACCUGAUGAGGGUCUGGCGAUGAUCCGUUACCACUCCUUCUACCCCUGGCACAAGGAGAACGCGUACAGGUGGAUGAUGAACGACAAGGACCACAAGAUGCUUGAGGCAGUCCGGGCUUUCAAUCCAUACGAUCUGUACAGCAAGUCUGACGAGAUCCCCAAGGUUGAAGAUCUGAAGGAGUACUACCUUGGCAUCAUUGACGAGUUCAUCGGCAGGGACAAGAAGAUCAAGUGGUAG